AAGUUAAGCGAAAACAUAUGAGCAAAUAAAAAUGAAGAAAAAGUGUGAGACAGCUGGAUAUGUCAAACUGUUUUAGUUGCUUUCAGCAGUUUCAGAUCGAAGUUAUAACAACUCAAGCGAAAGUUUAGCGUUCAAUGGGAACAUUUUCAUAUCUGAAAAAAUUUGGCUGUUUCAUUAUGGAGCUUUAAAUGAGUUCAUUUACGGUGCGUGUAAUGUGAAAAAAAAUCAUUUAAAGAAAACUACUGCUAAAAUAUUCUUAUUGCAAAUAUUCACAGAAAUCAAAUAGUCUGCUAAUAGUAUGACCGAAAAGUUACAAAGUGCUAAUUGUGAAAAGUGUGUAAAAGCAGUAGGUAAUAAAGUGUGAAGAAACGUCACACUAUUGUAUCGAACAAGACCUGUCACUCAGACGAGCUGAUCCAAUCCAGACUCCCCAGCUGGAUUUGUGUGCAUCCCAAUAUUGACAUACAUACAUACGAGUAUAUACAUACAUAUGUGCCAGCAUACAUAGUUGCUUUCAUAUGUACAUACAUGUACCGUUCGUUCAUCAUAUUCUACAAAGAGAGGUGCACGGAAAAUCCGCUAAUCGUUUGCAAACCGGCAGACAUUCGCGCUACUUGCGUUUUACAUACACCCAUACACAAGGACGGUGCAUAUUGUAAGCGGAAAGUGUAUGCAUUUUUGUGUUAAAAUCGAACACAGUGAACAUCGAGAAUUUUAUAAUAAACAAAGCAAAAAAAUUUAAAAUCGCGGUGGUUCGAUCUAACCAAAAGGCCUACACUAACCCUUUUCCAAUUGGAUUAUAAUCAACUUAGAGUUUCAGCUUGAUAUUUCCGAUUUGACCUGCGAUAAGCCUAACGGCCAACUACAAAGGCAACCUGGCACUAAAAACAUGGCUGAGAAAUAAUUAUAUUGAAACACAAUCGUUCGUGUGUUUAAGUACUAAACGGAAUCUAAUAAAUAACUGGUGAUAAAAAAUUUGCCAUUCAGUGUACGUCAGAGCAGAAGCAACAUCGAAGCCAGCCCCACCGCCAACUUUCAGUGCGCGAAGACGCUUUCAAGAAAGAAGUCGACUAGAAAAAAUUUCGACUAAUUAAAAUACUAACUACUAAUAAAUUUUAAACUAAACAAACAAAACAGCCAACAUGAAUAGUCUUGUAAAGGUUUUCAGUAACUUUAGGGAGUUUUACAACGAAAUCAAUGGUGCUACCCUCACCGGCGCCAUCGAUGUGAUCGUUGUGGAACAGCCAGAUGGUGAAUUCCAAUGUUCACCAUUUCAUGUGCGUUUCGGGAAAUUGGGUGUAUUGCGCAGUCGUGAAAAAGUGGUUGAUAUUGAAAUAAAUGGCGAACCAGUUGAUAUCCACAUGAAAUUAGGCGACUCUGGUGAGGCAUUUUUUGUAGAGGAAUGCCUCGAAGAGGAUGGUGAGGAGUUGCCGGAGAACAUGGCCACAUCGCCUAUACCAAGUAGCUAUUUUCCCAGCAAAUACGGCAAUGAUGCAUUAGAGGAUGACAUCCUUGAAGGCACAACCAAAAUUGCUAGAGAUGAUAUUCAACUGCCGCUACCAUUGCCGCGUCGUAAUUCCAUUGACUUCUCAAAAGAGACCGAAAAGGAAGAUCAAGUGCCGAAAUUUGAGAAUCAAGUCUCAGAUUUUAGUCACAGAAGACAUACAGACAAUUUACUGGAGCGCCGUAAUCUUACCGAAAAACUGCAGGAGUACACCACUCAAAAGUUGCGAAAGGAGUGGGCCGAGCAUGAAGAGAUUUUUCAGUUUGAGGCCGUUGAAAGAGAGAAGGAAUGGAUUAACAGCAUUCCAGCCGAGGGCAAAACGCAACAAAAAUCCACUACAACUGUAGCACCAACCCCAGCCAUUGCAAUACAGCCGCCCCCCAAAGAAGAGCCUGCCUCGAAAGAGAAUAAUACGCAGUCAGCUACCUCACUGUCUGCUCAUGUCGCUCCUGCCACUACGGAGAGCGUCUCCAAUAAUGCUAGCCCAAAGGACGAGUCCAAAGGUGGCAAGAAGAAGCGUCGCAAGAAGUCACAAAUGAAGAAAAAGAAUGCGCAGCGUAAAUCAUCGUCGAGCAGUUCGAUUGGUAGCACAACACCAGGAGAGGGUGCUAAUGGAAAUAACACGAAUGUCGAUGAGGGUGACGGCAUCUCCAUUUCCAACAAUACCAAUUCAUCGUCGAAUGAAGAAGUUGCCACCGCGAAGUCAAACAAUGAUCAGCAGUCGGCACCUUUGGCUUCCGCCACAGCUGGUGAUGAGAGUCCCAUCAGCGAAACGUGCCAAACAUCACCAAUUACGCCUAGUACACGCAUACCAGAUCUAGAUAUACAUUUCUUCAGUGACACCGAAGUCACGCCAUCUGGUGGGGCGAGCGGUUGUGUUGGGCGCGGAUCUGGCCGCCCCUCCACCCCUAUACAGAGUGAUAGCGAAUUGGAGAUAUCUUUGCGUGAAAAGGAUGUUGAUACCGAGUUGAUGACCAAUUCAGCUUCAUGGAAAUGGGGUCAAUUGCCCACAACCGAAGCGAGUGACAAGGGUGACGUGGGUGGUGAUCAAUCGGUGCAGUCACAGGCGCAACGCAACUCCAUGCUAAGUGGCAUGUUCAAUUUCAUGAAGAAGACAAAUAAGAUGCGCAAGCAAGCAACAGAUGGUGGUGUGUAUUUGUCGGAUUUGGAUGCGGAGGGCAUGGAUCCGGAAAUGGCAGCAUUGUAUUUCCCACAACCUCUGCUGACGAAACCCACAAGUAAUACAACAACUGGCAGCGGAACCGCGGCCAACACGCUACUCCACUCUGGCGAUGAUGAUCGCGAAAGUGGCAACGGCACGAGUUUGCCGCAUUCGCCCAGUUCAAUGGAAGGGCAAAAAAGUGUCGACUCAGACUAUGAGGAUGGCAAACCACAGGACCCAAAGUACCUGGACUUUGUGGCGAUGUCUUUGUGUGGCGUAAGCGAUAAGGGCGAGCCAUCGGAUGAGGAGUUCGAUCAACACCUGAUAAAAUAUUCCGAUGUUUGCGAAAAUCCCAGUUUGUUCUCAUCGCCAAACCUAGUUGUACGCCUGAAUGGCAAAUACUACACCUGGGCGGCUGCAUGUCCAAUUGUCAUGACCAUAAUAACAUUCCAGAAACCACUGACUAACGACGCUGUUGAGCAGCUGAUGGCCAAUGCCAAACAAGAUGGCGUGGCGCACAAGAAUGAGCCAGACGGUGCUACGGCUGGCGUUAGUGCCCAAUCGAAACGUUCCUGGUGGAAUUGGAGGCGCUCUCAGGUUGGCGCUACUGCUAGUUCUACGAAAAUUUCCAAAUCGGAGGACAAGAUUGACGAGCGAGAUUCCGACCAAGCAGCUGUGGCCACACAAACUACACGUCCCAACUCGCCAGACAUUAGUGAGAACACGCUUAGCAAGACGGACUCGACACUCAAUGCUGAAAACACUUCGGCGCAAGUUGAAAAUCUAGAGGACUUGUCACAAGCAUCAUCGAAAGGUGACCCAAGCAGCAGCAAUAGCAACAAAAAUGAACGUUACAAGAAGAGUUUGCGUCUAAGUUCCGAAGCAAUUAAACAAUUGAACUUGAAAGACGGCAUGAACGAAAUUGAGUUCAGCGUCACAACCGCCUACCAAGGUACAACACGCUGCAAAUGCUACCUAUUCCGCUGGAAUCACAACGACAAGGUCGUCAUUUCCGACAUUGACGGCACCAUUACCAAAUCUGACGUGCUCGGUCACAUUUUGCCUAUGGUUGGCAAAGACUGGGCUCAAUUGGGCGUGGCACAAUUGUUCUCGAAAAUCGAACAAAACGGCUAUAAGCUUUUGUACUUGUCAGCACGUGCCAUCGGACAAUCGCGUGCUACACGUGAAUAUUUACGUUCCAUACGUCAAGGUGAUGUCAAGUUGCCUGAUGGGCCUUUACUACUUAAUCCAACAUCGUUAAUUUCGGCAUUCCAUCGUGAGGUGAUCGAACGAAAGCCUGAGCAAUUCAAAAUCGCUUGCCUAUCCGACAUACGGGAACUGUUCCCCAAAAAGGAUCCAUUCUAUGCUGGCUACGGCAAUCGCAUCAAUGAUGUAUGGGCCUAUCGUGCCGUGGGUAUACCAAUUAUGCGUAUUUUCACCAUCAACACCAAAGGCGAGCUGAAGCACGAACUCACACAAACAUUCCAGUCAUCCGGUUACAUCAACCAGUCGCUCGAAGUCGACGAAUACUUCCCAACGUUGGAUCUCAAUGUCUUCGAGUAUCGCACCGACACUUUUGACGACGAUGAAGAAGACGAAUUGCAAUUCAGCGAAACGGAUGAUGGCAUAGAGGAUGUAAGCGUCAGUGACGGAGGCAUAGACGUCGAUGCAGACAAUGAUGACGUUUAUCUCGAUGACUACGCAAGCGAAAAUGUUGAUGUUGCAGUUGCAGUUGCUGAAGAAGAGCGUGGUCUGAUAAUGCUGCUGGAUGGCAACAAAGUAACUGCAACCGAUAGAAGGUUUGUAGAGACGCGUAAUACCAUAAUCACCACUAGCCACACGGCGCUUGGGGCUAACAACUGAGCACGGCACGGCGGAAAACAUUUGCUUCUCGGCUCCCGUGGGGCUACUGAGGAGUCUUCCAUUGUGAAUAUAGCGACCUGAGGGAAUUUUACAAAGUAUUCUGAAUGUUAGUUGUUAAUGUUGGCUAAUUUUUUACAUACACAUACACAUAUGUACAUAUAUAAGUAGAGAUGCCUUAGUGCGCGUUUAUGGUGGAGUUAAGCAUAAAAUGAUCAAACGAAAUUGAUUGUGAUAAUUGUGAUUAAGUUUUGAAUAUAGUUGUGAGACGUCUGAUAUUCGUCGGUUAUUUUAUCUAGAUAAGGUAUACCCAUUUGCAUACACUCGUACACUCACAAUAACAAUAUACACAAAAGCUUUCACAGCGCAUACGUUUAUUUAACACAAAUAUAAAAUCUUAUAAAUUACUUAUAAGGCUAGUCAGUGUAUGAAAUUUAAAGAGUCCUUUGAAAGGCUUUGUUAUAUAGGCUUAAGCAAAUGUAAAUGUAUUUGUAGGCGUUACAGUAUGUACCUUAACUAUGUGCAUAUGUAUGCAAGUUCUAAAUACAAAUACUAAAAAUAUUGUUUAAUGAAUUUGAAUUCAAUUCAACACUUUUUGCUAACUAACUUAGCGUUGGGUUUUGUAAGAAAAUAUGUCGAUAUUACUGCACAUCACGAUGAUGUUUUUAGAUUUAAUCCGCAAGCUGGACUGGGAUUGUUUUUUGUUAUAUUGUUUUUUAUUUCAUUUUAUUGCAAAUUUUAAUGCGAAUACAAAUAAUAUUUUAUGAAUUUUGUUGUGCACUGUUAUUAUUUA